CACGUGGGGGGAAAGGAGGUGGGGCAGUGCAAGGGAGGUGAGAGCGCCGCGCUGCUUUCCAGCCCCCACGAGUGCUCGAGAGGAGCCACCUUCAUUCGUGCUGCGGUAUCUCGCCUGUUGCCUGCGCCCACCACAGGUGUGAUGCUUGCUGUGGAGGCUGUGAUUAAUGAAUUGAAGAAAUUGUCCAAGCCAGUCACAACGCCAGAAGAAAUUGCUCAGGUUGCCACAAUAUCAGCAAAUGGGGAUAAAGAAAUUGGUAACAUAAUCUCCGAUGCCAUGAAGAAGGUUGGACGGAAAGGGGUUAUUACAGUGAAGGAUGGAAAAACUUUGAACGAUGAGUUGGAAAUUAUUGAAGGUAUGAAGUUUGAUAGAGGCUACAUCUCUCCCUACUUCAUUAAUACAGCCAAAGGUUGGAGGAACAAGUGAUAUUGAAGUUAAUGAGAAGAAAGACAGAGUCACUGAUGCCCUGAAUGCCACUCGUGCUGCUGUAGAAGAAGGCAUAGUCCUAGGUGGUGGCUGUGCGUUGCUCCGUUGUAUUCCAGCAUUGGAUGCUUUGACUCCAGUCAAUGAAGAUCAGAAAACUGGCAUAGAGAUUAUAAGAAGAACACUGAAAAUUCCAGCUAUGACUAUUGCCAAGAAUGCAGGAGUUGAAGGAUCACUGAUUGUUGAGAAAAUCAUGCAAAGCUCGCCUGAGAUCGGUUAUGAUGCAAUGCUUGGUGACUUCGUGAACAUGGUAGAAAAAGGCAUUAUUGACCCAACAAAGGUUGUGAGAACAGCGCUGAUGGAUGCUGCAGGAGUAGCUUCCCUUUUAUCUACCGCUGAAGCCGUUGUAACUGAAAUCCCCAAAGAAGAGAAGGAUGCUGCUGCUGCUAUGGGAGGAAUGGGGGGAGGAAUGGGAGGCGGUAUGUUCUAAAGCCUAGGCUACAUGGAUGUGUAUAUCAUGAACUACAAUGCAUGACUUGAUAGUUUAAGAGAACCUUGGGUCAGAGUCAGAAAAGAUGGAUAGUGACUGCAGAAAAGGGUCUGUGCUUUAAAAAAAAGAAAAGAAAAUCACUGUAACAUUCAGUUACUGCAUUUCAGUUGUAUGAUUGUUUACAGUCAUUGUCCAUGCCUACAGAUAAUUUAUUUUGUACUUUGAAUAAAGACAUUUGUACAUUCCUGAUAUUGGGCGCAGAUCCAUGUACCAAUCUUGUGCUCUGAACUUAAAACCAGUUGAAGCACUUGCAAUUCUGCUAAAUAAGACUUUUAUUGGUGCCUGCUGUCACUAAAAAAUGCAGAAGUCAUUGUGUGCAAGACUGAAUAAAAUUGUGUACAAAGUAGACAAAUAUACAAUUAUGUGACAAACUUUAUGUAAUAAAACAAUUGCUCUAA